AUACGGUGACGUACGUAACAUUUUGAAUGGAGAGUCGAGAACGAUGCCGUUGCAGAUUCCAGUUCGUUAAUCCAAAGUUGUUCCGUUGUUUCUGCGGCUUGCUAUGUACAUCUCUUGCGACUCUGGAAUGGUGUCCAUGCUAUUGUCACUCUCAUCGACGGCUUAUCGCCUGAAACCCUCGUUUCACAGCGCAUUAGCAUCUCUCAGGACCCUAAACCACCACCGCAAGCCGCAGCAGCUAAGACCCAAAUGGUCACCUGGCGGCUUUUCUCUCAAUUCUUCAUCAAUCCAUUACUCUACUCUGAUAAAUUCUGUUUCCCCAAAAGCCCAAAAAGAUAUUAUGGAUAGUCAUGAUAAUUUGGUGGUUCUCGGCAUUGAAACGAGCUGUGAUGACACUGCGGCUGCUGUUGUUAAAAGCAAUGGUGAAAUUCUUAGUCAGGUUGUGUCUUCUCAGGCAGAACUGCUGGCAAAGUAUGGAGGUGUUGCUCCCAAAAUGGCUGAGGAAGCACACUCACUAGUGAUCGAUCAGGUUGUGCAGGAAACACUUGAUAAAGCUAAUUUAACCGAGAGGGAUCUAUCUGCUGUUGCCGUUACUAUUGGUCCUGGCCUAAGUCUCUGUCUUCGUGUCGGGGUGCGGAAAGCUCGCAAAAUUGCUGGCUGCUUCAAUCUCCCAAUCAUUGGUAUCCAUCAUAUGGAGGCUCAUGCUCUAGUAGCCAGGUUAAUGGAGCGAGACUUGCAAUUUCCUUUCAUGGCUUUACUUAUUUCAGGAGGACAUAAUCUUCUUAUUCUUGCUCGUGAUCUUGGUCAAUAUAUACAACUUGGCACCACAAUUGAUGAUGCAAUUGGUGAGGCAUAUGAUAAGUCGGCAAAGUGGCUUGGCCUUGAUUUGAGAAGGAGCGGUGGGCCUGCUAUAGAAGAGCUUGCUCGCGAGGGUGAUGCCCAAUCAAUCAAAUUCUCAAUUCCAAUGAAACAGCAUAAAGACUGCAACUUUUCAUAUGCUGGUCUGAAGACUCAAGUGAGGCUGGCAAUCGAAUCUCAAAAAAUCAAUGCUGAAAUUCCCAUUUCUUCUGCAAGUACCCAAGACAGGAGUUCCCGAGCUGAUAUUGCUGCCUCUUUUCAGCGUGUUGCAGUAUUGCAUUUAGAGGAAAGGUGUGAACGAGCAAUUCAAUGGGCAAAGAAGAUGGAGCCUUCCUUAAAAUAUAUGGUGGUUUCUGGAGGUGUUGCAUCAAAUCAGUAUGUGAGGACACAACUUGAUCAGGUAGUCAAGCGGAGCAACCUACAACUUGUUUGCCCGCCUCCCAGCUUAUGUACUGACAAUGGAGUAAUGGUGGCUUGGACUGGAAUUGAGCAUUUUCGGAUGGGAAGAUUUGACCCUCCACCGCCUGCUGAUGAACCUGAAGAUUUUGUGUAUGAUCUGCGGCCAAGGUGGCCUCUGGGAGAAGAAUAUGCUGAAGGAAGAAGUGAAGCUCGUUCAUUGAGAAAGGCUCGGAUCCAUCCCUCUCUUACAUCUAUCAUCCAAGCAUCUCUCCAACAACAACAAUAGCCAGCAGCAGCCGGCAUCUACUAAACUCUUCCAGUCAUGUGGCAUCUUUUGGGGAAUUAAAUUAGUGAUCACUGAAUGACAUAAUCGUUGAUCUCCCAAUGAAUUUGGUUUCUGAUGCUGGUCACUUAAAUCAAUGCUCGGAGCAUUGUACAAGAAACCAAUAUGAUUGUGGCAAGGUACCAGAGAAACUGCAGUCGAGCUUUUACGUGUGCAUUCAAGAUUGGCUACAUUGAUGCCUUGGCUUGGAGCUUGUCGCGAAAUGUUCAGUCAAGUCAGCUUUAGAAUAUUUGCACCAAAUGUGACAUUGCAAGUAAAGCAAAUUUUCACAUAUUCUUGUAGAGUCAACUGGGGAUGUUAGAGACAUAUUUUGGAUUGGGAGGCAUCUGUGUUUAGAUAUUAAUAUCUGGAUAGGGAAUGAUGCUACCAGUUGUUCUGUAAACUGUAAAAGGUGAGAAAUGUUCUGCUGCCAUUAUCAUGUUCACAAGUCAAUGAAGUCUCCAUAAGCAAUAUCUACUGUUUUCAAAGGAGUAAGUUCAGAAUAACAUAAUUAGAGCAUUACUAACCAUCA